CAGUCAGUGGGGAAAGUUUGACGCCAGACGCAUCAGAUGUAGCAGCGCUGAGCGAUGCAGACUAUGCAGAAUAUUCUCCAUAUUCUCGGUUGCCACGUUUCGUGUCACGUUGAUAAGACGCUCGGCGCCCGCAGUCUGAUGUCUGGCCGUGAACGGAGCUAUAUUAUCCUCCACCUGCUCUCGCUGUUUCACACUUCUGGUCGGUGACGGUGCGCGCUCAACUUUCCCAGGAAAGCGGGAUCUCUGGUAAUCUCUGCAACUUGGCGCGCGGGACGGGAGUUAGUGACAGGACUCUCAACAAGUGACUUUUAUCUGGAGGAGAGAGGCCAGUGUUCAGAAAGUAAAGGUAACUUUGAGAGGAGUUUGGGAUAAGAUGGUCAGCGCUAUGAAAGGAUCAGGGCUUCUCCAGAUGUGGAUACUUUUUUUGUUGGGGGCCGUGAGUGGAGUGGGGAGAGCCCAGGUCUCAACUGCCAGAGUUCUGAGGGGAAACACCAGGAGAGACGACAGCAAUCACCUCACCACAGACUUGUACCAGAAAGAGGAAAACAUUGUGGUAACAUCGGCGGGUGGGUUCAUCCAGAGCCCGCGCUACCCCAACGCUUAUCCUCGCAACCUGCUGUUGUCAUGGAAACUGCUAUCAGCGCCAGGGAGCCGCAUACACCUGGAGUUUGAUGCGCAGUUCGGUCUGGAGGAGCCAGAGAAUGGGGUUUGCAGGUAUGACUUUGUUGAGGUGGAGGACCAGGCGGAGACCAGCACCAUAAUUUGGGGCCGCUGGUGUGGGCAGAACGCACCUCCAAGUCUGAAGUCUAAAAGCAACGUGCUGAGAGUCACCUUCAAGUCUGAUGAUUACUUUGUGGCAAAGCCGGGCUUCAAAAUCUACUAUUCGCUGCUGAUUGACCGCUCUCUGCUCACAUCCAAGAACAAUUUGGAGGCUGUUACUUCGCCAAUGUCGCACGACGUGGGUGUUAAAGAGGUGCCAACUCCACAGACAGUGGUUCCUUUAUCCCUGGAGGAUUUAGACAGGACCAUAGCUUCCUUUGACACUGUGGAACAGCUUCUGAAAUCAUUGAGUCCAAGUACGUGGAGAGAAGACCUGGACAGCAUCUACACACAGACAUAUGUUCACUAUAGAUCCAGAUCCUAUUAUCUGGCUGGCAGACACGACAAAGUUGAUCUGAACCGUCUCUAUGACGACGUCAAGAGAUACAGCUGCACCCCUCGCAACUACUCAGUGAACCUGCGCGAGGAGCUGAGGAUCACCAACGCCGUCUUCUUCCCUCGAUGUCUGCUGGUGAAACGGUGCGGAGGAAACUGUGGCUGCGGCAGCAAAAGCUGGCAAUUCGAUUGCACUUGCCAGCCCACCAAAACGGCAACCAAACUGCACGAGGUGCUGAAGUAUGCCCCAGACCCCACCCUGCAUAAACGUCCUCAGAGCCCGAGACUGCGCUGGGUCAUCGAUGAAAUCUUCCUUUCCCAUCAUGACACGUGUGAGUGUGUGUGUCCUUCCCAGCCCCCUCGCUGAGACGCUCAUUCUGGCUCGUGCAUCUGGAACUGAUGGAUGAGGCCUUUUAUCGAUUUUGCAAUGGACUUUAUAUAACAAACCGCACCACUGGCAAACAUGAAGCAGAGAGGAGGGCAACACUCUGACUGAUAAACUGCUGCUCGCAUCUGAAACAUUUGCUCCUGCAGAUAAACCUUUUUACCUUUCCCUGUGCACAGGUCAACCUUAUGAAACGCCUUCGCAGUAAAUCUUUGCAAUACUUUGGUUAUUUACACUUUUUGCAACUUGGUGCUUUGACCUUCAUGCUUCAUCCAAAAAAAAUAAUAAUCCAUGCAACGACUUUAUAAGAAGGUGUUUGAGCCUCUACAACUAGAUUCUAUUUAGAUAUAUUUACCGACACUAAAAAGAAGCUUCAAAACUUCAAAAAUAAAGGUAUUCAGUUUUGCUGGGAUUUUUGUCUGGAAAAAAACCUCCUCCUCACACUUUCUGUCAUGUGUCAGUCCAUCCUCACACCUCUCCUCUUCCUCUACCAGACUCUUGUUUACCACUUCCUUCUUUGCUCAGCAUCGAACACAUCAAAGAAAAUGUCAGAAGGGCGAUGAGCUGUGCCCGCUUUUCUCAGCAUUCCUGACAUUCCAGCUGCUAAACGGAAUUCUGCUGCUAUGGAUAAAACCGUGACCCCGAGCACAUAACAGAGGAAAGGGAGAUAGAAACUCAGGAAAAGAGGCUGCGAGGAAGUUUUCAGGCUAACAGAAAAGGGACGGUCAAGUUGCCUUUCAGAAAAGAUGUAAAAACACACGAGAUGGCCCGCAGCCGCUCAGAUGUGGACGAGCUUUCUCAGGUUCUCAUUUUGUAGCAUUUUUACUUCAUGAUAUCACUUCUCCUUCAGUGAAGCUUUGUGUGAGUGUUGUGGUUCAGGAAAAGGCUCUUUUGUUUCAAGGGGUGGAGGGUUACCAGCAAUCUGUGGGAGCAGGCAGCAGAAGCCGGCAGGGGAAUGGCUGGCAUAUGGCUGUGCAUGAGCGUGUGCCGCGUACAGGCUAGCUGCAAAGCUACAGACAGCAUCAAAGCAAAUGAACAAGAAUUUAAAAGAUGACAUAUGAUCCAGCUGCAGCAAAUAACACCCAGCCAGCUGUCUGUUUCAAGGCACAGCUUAAUUCUAAAGGAGAAAAUGGGAAUUGUUCCUGCAUCUGCUCUGCUAUGGAGGGGAAAGACAUCAAAACAAUCCUUUAGUCACAGGAAAAUCUGCCUGCAUGUGCUGUGGGUUACAGGUGUUUCUGGCUGGUGUUGAAGUCGCUUAAAAAUGAAGAAACUCAUUAAAGGCAUUGCAGAAAUCACAUAAAAAAAUCAUACUUUAUAGCAGUCAUCCCCAACCCCCAGGGCCACAGGCCAGUACUGAUCAAUGGGACAGUUGGUACCGGGUAUCCGCUACUUUCCUAAAGCAGCUGUGCCAACUGCUAAAUUGAACCCUGUAAGCUAGCAAAGUUAAAAAAAACAAACAUUUUUGGAAAGUUUCUUUUAGCAGAAAAGAGCCAGAGAAUUUGGAUUUUUUUAGCUUCCACUUUGACAAUUAUGGCUUUUAAAUCUAUAUCACAAUUGAAUGGUUCCUGCAUGAAAUCUAGCGUACAAAUAAAGUUUAAAGCAGCUGCAUAUAUUUUAGAGAAUGAAGAUACAUUUUACCCUCAAAAGUUAAGGAAAACUGGAGGCCAAAAAAAAUCAUUAAGACGAUUUUAUAUACUACUUAAAAGCAGCCCAGACGGAAGCAUCAAUUUUUAAUGCAUGAAGCAAAAAAGCAAUAAAAAUAAGACAUUUCUGUUCUUUACUGUGAGGACCAAUCAUUUCUGUGUUCUUCCAAACUUCUUUCAAUUCUCUUCAACAUCCUUACUGAUUUUUCUGAUGUUGCUUUCAAAGACAUUUGACUCUUUUCCAUCUUAGCUGUGUUUCCACAGCAGAGAGGUUCCUGACGUCAACUUUAAAUAUUAAAAGUCAAUCUGCUUUCAUGACAAAACAGUAUGCUUUUCCUAAAUAAUUUAUUGCUCUGUAUUGUUUUAUUAAAGUUAUUAGCUGGUUGUUUUUGAUGAAUAAAAUAUUUGCAGCA